AUGUGGCAAGCUGCUUUGGCUCAGAAUUAUGAAGAACAACAUCAUCACCAUCAUUUUCAUCACCAGCAACAGCAUCAACAGGCUGCUGCCGCAGCAGCAGCUGUUGCUGCCUUGGCUGCAGGCGGCAAACUCACGUCCCAGCAGCAGGCAGAUUUGCACGCCAGGCUGGCAGCUGCUGUAGUUGUCAGUGGGGCCGGCAAUGCUAUUGCCGGUACAAACGUGGCUGGAUUUCCGCCGUCUGUGUCUACAUCAUUGGCCCUGACGUCACAGCAACAGCAGGCCACAACAACCCUGCUUAAUCUCGCUGCAAGCGGCGCCGUUGGUGGUGCUGGUAAACCACCCUCUGGCUUUCCUCCCCUCAACUUAGCUCCCUCCGUAACAGGUGGAUUGACAGCUGGUCAAUUGCUAGGUUCAGCCAGCUCCGCCUGUGGAUUGAGUGGCAAGCAAGGUUUAGUUACUGGCGUCACUGCUGGUGGUUUAAUCCCAUCCGUCUCAAAUACUGGAAUUUCAGGGACGGGUGCUAUUUCUUCCACAGUCCCUUCAUUACUACCUGCCUCACUUGUUGGUCUAGAUGCCAUUGCUGCUUCUGGGCUAUCCACAGUCUCAACAAUCCCAUCUCCAUCCCCCUCUAACAUAGGAGUUGGGCCAGGCCCAAAUCUCCCUUUAAACGCAACAUCAGCCUCUCUAGGUACCUGCAACUCUUCUACAUCGGCAGCGGCUGCUGCUGCUGUUUCGGUGGCCAACUUCCCUGCUUCUUUGGUUCCAUAUGCCGCUGCAUUGAGUCAAUUUGGCUAUUUAAACCCACAAGUUCUAGCUGUUGCAGCGUUACAACAGCAGCAGCAACAACAACAGCAACAGCAGCAGCAGACGAAAUCAGCUUUGAAUAUGGCCAAUGCCUUGCCUGCCAGAGGCAUCGGACUAAAUCCAACAGGUCAUAAGAAUACUCCUCCCAGGGGUGGCGGUCGACGUUUUUACUAG